CGAAUGCCCCCAGGUCCUCGAGGAUUGCCAUUCCUUGGAAAUACUCAUCAGCUACGCGGCUUCAUGCCGUGGAAGACGUUCGCACAAUGGAAUAAACAAUACGGACCUGUCAAUUCUCUUUUUCUCGGUCAAACUCCUGUCAUAGUCUUGGGAAGCGCUAAAGCCGCAUGGGACUUGUUGGAUAAACGCUCAGACAUCUACUCCAGUAGACCUCGCUUCAUAAUGGCUGGUGAACUUCUUUCCAAUAACAUGCGCGGUUUCUUAAUGCCUUCCGGAGCAGAAUGGAGAACGUUCCGAAAAAUCAUGCAUAGAAGCUUCAACAUUCGAAAGGCAAAGUCAUAUCGUGAAAUACAGUCCCUCGAGUCCAAAGUCAUGAUGCACGAACUUCUUCACCAGCCGAAAGACUACGAGAAGCACAUCCGACGAUAUGCUGCUAGUCUCAUCGUGUCAGUCGCAUAUGGUCGACGAAUUGACACCGUUGAUGAUUGGAUUGUGACAGAGAAUGUGGCAUCUGUAUCCUACAUAAACGCCUCAAUUAAACUUUAUAGCAUUCCUGGAAAAUACCUAGUCGAAAGCGUGCCGUGGCUGCUGAAACUUCCUCUUUCCUUGCAAUGGUUUCGACAUGCACCAGAAGAGCGCCGGAAACGAGACGUUGACCUCUUCACACAUCUCGUCGAGGAUGUCAAAGCACGCGCAUCCGAAGGAACUUGCCUCCCUUGCAUGGGCAUGGAAGCACUUGCUAAGAAGGAAGAGUUGAACUGGAAUGAGUUGCAGAUUGGCUAUGUCCUGGCUUCAUCGUUUGGGGCAGGCAUCGAUACAGUGAGCGCCCUUCACCAGCGUUCUCUUGCCAUGCUUCACCAUCCGAACGUCAUGAAGAAAGCUCAAGCGGAGCUAGAUGCAGUUGUUGGUCCCGAACGGAUGCCGGAGUUCGAUGAUAAGACUCACCUGCCUUAUAUCAACGCCCUGAUUAGCGAGGUUACUCGUUGGCGUCCUGUUGCGGUCUUGGGCGGCGCACCCCAUGCUACCACGACGGACGACCACUACGAAGGAAUUUUCGUUCUGCAUCGCAUAUACGCUUACCGGCAUGCUUUCAGUGCCAUCAUGCGUGAUCCUGAAGUCUUCCCGAACCCAGAUGCAUUCCUUCCUGAACGAUUCCUAGGAGUGACCGAUCCACGCCUGCAGAACUUUGAGAUCCCUUUCGGUUUCGGCAGGCGCAUCUGUCCAGGGAGGCAUCUCGCUAUCAACUCCCUCUUCGUCAAUAUGGCGCGCAUUCUCUGGGGAUUCGACCUCCGUCCUGUGAAGGAUGCCCAAGGCCAGGACGUGCUGCCCGACCCAUUUGCGUUCACCAGCGGGUUCAUGUCCCGCCCUCUGCCUUUUGAUAUUCAGAUUAAGGUCAGGAACGACAGGGUCAGACAAAGCAUCGAGAGGGAAUUCGAGAGUGCGAAGGAGGUCCUUAGAAAAUGG